CCCCGCCCUGCUCUGUGGCGGGCCCGCCCCGCCAUGGCGGCGCUGCGGGGCCCGGCGCGCCGGGGCUGGGCGCGCUGCCCGCAGCCCGCGGCCCUGGCCGCCGCCGCGGCCCUCGCCGUCUGCGCCUUCUACUACCUGGGCGGCGGCGGCGAGACCUUCUCCAGCGCCACCCGCCGCCUGCGCGCCACGCCGCCCGCCCCGGCCGGCGCGGGGCCCCGCGGGCUGCACCUCCUGUUCAUGUUCACCAAGGCGGAGCGCAACCCCGCGCUCCGCGACAAGGCGCAGGCGGCGCUGCGCUCGCUGCUGCGGCACGGCCGCCUGGGCGCCGCCGAUGUGCUGCACCUCCACCUCGUCACCGCGGGCGCCAGCCGCGACAUCGGCCUCGGGCUGCUGCGGGACCUGCUGCGCGGCGCUGCCUUCCGCCACCAGGUAAUAGUCCAUGAUGUGAAUGAGCUGACAGAAAAGCUGUUUCCCAUCGUUGAGGCCAUGCAGAAACACUUCAGUGCUGGAUCGGGGACCUACUACAGUGACUCCAUCUUCUUCCUGUCGGUUGCAAUGCAUCGCAUCAUGCCCAAAGAAAUAACACGGAUCAUCCAGGUAGACUUGGACCUGAAGUACAAGACCAACAUCCGGGACCUGUUUGAUGAGUUUGACAACUUCCCCGAGGGAGCAGUCAUUGGGAUUGCCAGGGAAAUGCAACCAGUGUACAGGCACACUUUCUGGCAGUAUCGCCGUGAGAACCCCCAAACCAAAGUGGGGGAGCCCCCUCCUGAUGGUCUGCCUGGCUUCAACAGUGGUGUCCUGCUCCUGAACCUGGAAGCCAUGAGGCAAUCCAAGCUCUACAACCAGCUGCUGGAGCCCACCAUGGUGCAGAAGCUGACGGAGAAGUACCACUUCAAGGGCCACCUUGGGGACCAGGAUUUCUUCACUAUGGUGGGGAUGGAGCAUCCAGAGCUUUUCCAUGUGCUUGACUGCACGUGGAACCGGCAGCUUUGCACGUGGUGGAGGGACCAUGGAUACAGCGACGUGUUUGACCAGUAUUUCCAGUGUGAGGGGGAGGUCAGAAUUUACCAUGGCAACUGCAACACCCCAAUCCCUGAAGACUAAGGCACCCACUGCCCCCAGGGACAGCUCUGACUGCAGCAAGAUCUGCAAAGCCUUAGUGGCUGACUAACAGACCCUCAGGAAGGACCAGCUCUGAUCCAGCAUAAUCCAGGGGAAUCUAGGGAUCGCAGGAGCAUUCAGUAUCCCACUGCCUGUAGCCUCACCCUCCAAGAGGAAGGGCAGUUCAGUUGCUGGAACAGGACAUCCACAGCCACUGUAUCCAGGGCUCAGCUCCUGGCUCUGCUUGGCAAAGUCCAUGGUGCCCCUCUGGGCCUCAGCUGCUGGGGCAUGGGAACAGCCGAGGGGCCAUCAGAGACUGCUGCUUUUGCACCAGGCAGGUCCAGCUCUCUGGGUGCUGUGCAGCUUUGCCUUGUCUGAUGGUCACCAGGAGUCCCCAGCGGGCAGUUGGGUUUCAUUUGUCAUUCCUUGGUGGCCCAUUUCUGCACCUCUUGCAGAGAAUUGGUCUGGUCCCUGCGGAGAGCAGACACUGUCCUCAGGUCAUCUUCCUUUUGAAGCAUUCCAGAAAGGUGAGAGGGCUUUAAAGACUGAAAAGCUGCUUUAAAUUGGGUUACUUACAAACAAAAAUUGAAUGCUAGAUAAGCUUUAAAGCCUUCCUGUUGGUUCUUAGCAAUAAAAGCUUUACUGCCCUAUGUUGUCCUAGAAGUGUUCAGUGUGUAGCAAUAGGUUCAUUUUUCUAGCUUUGCCUUUAAUCUUUCAUAUGAAAAUAAAGCUGCAGAUAUCAGACA